UCGCCGUUGGAAACCGUCGGUGGGCUCUCCGAGCCCACCCUCUCAUCGGUCAAACUGGCGAGCGCGUUAACCGCUGGCAUGAACCCCCACCAUCCGGGCCACUCCGCAGCCUACCCCCACCAUCCCUCGCUCUCGAGCAGUCCGCAUCAUCCAGGGCCCGGCGGGCCGCAUCACGCGUAUGGGACCGGUGGAGGUGGCGGAGGUGGCGGUGGCGGCGGCACCACGACCACCCCCGACUUACCCAGCCCGCAUUCACCUCAGCAUAGUGGUGGUGCCGGCGAUCCCGCCACCCCUUACGGUGCCCUACAACCUGGACAGGGUAUGGGCAGCAACGGACAUCAUCAUAGCGGUGGCGGCAUGAUGCCAGAUCAUCCACAUCACCCUGGACACCCCCAUCCCCAUAUGCCGGGGCAUCCCGCGUACCCGCCGGUUAAUCACAACAACAACUGCACCCUCAAGCAAGAAGGUGUCCCUAGCGGGUCAACGGGCCUUCGGCAAUGCGCCGCCUGCGGUGUACAAAUAGUGGAAAGAUGGCUGUUGCUAGCGAUGGAUCGCUACUGGCACAUUGGCUGUCUCAAGUGCACGUAUUGCAACGUAGUAUUGGGAGAGAUCGGCCAGUCCUGCUACACCAAAAGUGGCAUGAUCCUCUGCAAGGCCGACUACAGACGAAUGUUCGGCAGCAGUGGCGUCUGCGGGAGUUGUGGCAACGCGAUACCCGCGAACGAAAUGGUCAUGAGGGCUGGCGACUCGGUGUUUCACGUGAAAUGCUUCAACUGCAAUAAGUGUGGCGGUCAGCUCGUCUCCGGCGACAGAUAUUACCUACUAUCGGGCUCGCCGAUUUGCGAAUCUGACUGGCACAAGAUAGUGAAAUCGUCGAGCGUCGCGGCAGCGGCAGCCGCGGCGGGCGGGAACAGCGGCACACCCGUUAGGAAAGGCGGCAACCCGGUCGGUCGCCCGAAGAAGGUGCAACCCUCUCCGCAGCCGACGCCCCCCGUCGUACCUUCGCCUCAGGUAGAUGUAGUGGACGUCGCCGUCGGAGUGGAUCCCUAUUCGCCGCCUCCGCCGGGUCAUCAGCACUAUCAUCAGUAUCACCAUCACCACCAUCACCAGAUGGCACUCGUGCAUCCGGGUCUGGCGGCUCAGCAAUCGCAUCUCCAGGCGUCCAGCUAUCAGGACUGGUCGUCCUGGGCUCAGGACACCUGCGAUUAGACCCGCUGUCCGCCGUAACAGGACUGUGUACCUCCCUUCCCCCCCCCCUCCCCCCCAAAGGACGUCGCGAUGAAGAAUCCAGCCUAAUUUGCCUAACGUCGCGUGCCCAGACUCUCUUCGGGAGGAUCGCAAAGAAGGGAAAAGGCCAGCGUAGCGCGUCCCUUGGAAAUCGCGGCGACUCUACGAGUGUCUCUGGACUUGGAACCGUGAUACCGAAUGUACUUGAACUUGCCGCGGUGAUCGAAUGUCUUCGUACACGCGCGGCGCCGUGAUGUUGAACGUGAUUGAACUCUCGCCGCCGGACACCGAGCGUUUUUAUGUUCUGACGUGUGUUGACGUGUCGAGUGCGUCGAAACUUUAUCGUGGAUGCUGGGGAAAACUGUCUUUGAACUUGGAUAAUUCGGAUAAUCACAGGAUAUAUCUCUGGAACUUGAAACGCGAACGUUUUGGUUCUACAUAGUGGAUGUGCAAACUUCUCUCAUUCAAACUGACUACAAAAUAACAAACUCUUUUGAAGAAGGGUUCGCACUAAUGUCGAGAUAUCGAUGUCGCGAAUAUCGAAAGCAUUCUUACGUUAAUUCAGCAUUAUUUGAACGCUAUCUUUGCACAAGAUAGCGCUUUUAAUCAGAAUUGUUGUUUUAUCGCAUCUGCGAUAAAAGUUGAGACGACACUCGACACCGCAUUGCAGGAGCACUUUCGCCACGAAUCCGCCGGUCUCCUUAAUAAUAAUCUUUGCUCAAUUGUAAAGAAUCGAAGAAAGUUUAAGAUACGACUCAUCGUGCAUCCAUCAUCAGCCGCAAUAGUAUGGCGUCAAGUACUCUUCUUGAAAAUCCUUUGCAGCCAUCGUAUUACGAUUACCUUGACACAGGAUGCGAAAUGUAGAAUUCGUUGACACUAACGCAACUUGCAACAAGCGAUUUUUCGCACGUUUGCGAAAUAUCGAAAUAAUUCUGUCCGCUUUCGAUACCAUUCUCAUUCCUCGAUCAUUCUGACGUCAAAAGUCUCUGUGUUAUCUUACUUUAUUAUACGAUUAAGAUUGUCUCAAUUCUCGAUUUACGAUUUUAGUCUAAAUUUUUUUAAUUGAUAAAUAUAUACAUUUCCGCGAGCGCGCUCUGUCGAUUCUUGGUUGUCGCCACUUCGGGAGGCGACACGCGUCCUUGGAACGGUGUUGCGUGCUAAAUUCGGCAUGUGCGAUCAACGAAGAUCUAAUCGCGCGAGAAAGAUGGCAACCGGAAGGCGAGGGAAAGAGAGAGAGAGAGAGAGAGAGAGAGAGGGAGAUAAUUUAACGGCGAUCGAACGAGAAAUGCGAAACGACGACAACGCGCAGUUCUGGACCCUUAGAAAAUUAUUUUUCUUUCAAAAUCACCGUUCUCCCGCGUCGAUCCGCCGCCGCGCUUCGUAAACUCAUUAGGCGGCCCUUGUUCCCGCCAUCGUUAAUUGAGUGCCGAGGUGAGACGAACGACACGGAAUUAUCAUUCGAAUCCUUCUUGUUAAGCAUCCUCUCCCCUUUCUCAUUCCAUCUUCCUCUCCCUUUCCUCUUUCCAUUUACUUGCAUUUUUACGUUUUCUCUCUUCCUUCCUUGAGAGUUUAUCAUUUUCGAAAUAGCAUAAUCAAUUAAUCCCUCUUAGGAUGCCACUUUGAAUUCGGCAACCUGUUAGUGAUUCCUUGCUGAUGGCUGAGGAGGGAUUUCUUGAAUUUUGUAAUUCGAUCGCCGAUAAUGAUUCCGAAGGGAGACGAAACGUCCAGUGACAUCAUCUUCUUUCAUUCAAGUAAUAACAGUUUUUAUUCUAUAAUUUAUGUGCAUCUUCAACCGCUACAUUGUACUUUCAUUAGCCUUAUUUUUGCCUUAUCACUGAUAUCAAUUAAGUCUCUCGCUGCAGCCAUGUUGGCACAACCGAAUCAAAUUUUGUCGUAAUUAUAAUUACUUUACAAAGUUUCAUGUGGCGCAGAAGUAAUCGAUGUUGUUCCCGAGAAAGAGUACAGCUCAAUUAUUUCCUCCCCCCUUCCCCCUCUCUCUCAUUUCUCUCUCGCGUUUGGCGAAAUCUACAUUAUGCAUUUAUUGUUAAAGUAAAUCGACAGGGUUGUCUGAAGAAACGUACGUUUUCCAGUAACACACAACGUUACGAUAAGUCUAACUUUCGAUCGAAAGAGCGUCGAUCCUUCAUCGAGAUUUAACUUAACGAUUCCUUGUUGUCGCAGUUCUCGAAUAACUCUACGUUCGUCCGUCGAGCAUUUUCAAAGAGUAAACGCGUGCUACUGGCACGCGCGAACCGGCACCCGUUGCGUACAUGUUAGUGACAUAACUUCGCGGCGAGCAAGAAGUGACAUUGGCAUGCAACGGCGUGCUCGAAGCUCAAAGUACAACGGAUUCAGCGGCGGAAUGAGUUUCGGCGUGAAAUGUGUAUUAUAAGAGCAAGGUCGCCCUGUGUUACUCGUUUCAUUCGUCAAAUGCUCUCAUUUGAAAUGACGAUUCUCGAGCGCAUUGCCACAAUCUCCGAUCGAGCGCGUCGCUCGCACCUUGAAAGCUCGCACCGCCGUGCGUUAUGAUUCAUGCGAGCGGAAUGCGGCCGUGUACCACGGAAAUUUCACGAAAAACGACGCUCAAGAGUCAUGAUGAUCCGACGAUUCGCUGAGGAAUCUGGACGAUCCGGGAUUGCGAGA